CUGAUCAUAGUGAUCAUUCAUUCACUCACUUGUCAAAUAUUUAUUUGAGGGUUCCUUUGGAGAAUAUCGAUUUUUUGAGAAAAUUUCUAGAUUAUUUGCAAUUAGUUUUUCAUAUUACAGUGAAAUUAUAAACGUAUAAUGGGCAAAAAGGGUGUUGUUGCUUUCAUUAAGGACUUUUACUACGAUCCCUUCAAAUGGUCAGUCGUGAAAAGCGUGGGAUUCUUCACAGUCGGAGUUGUGAUCGCUAGCGAGUGCACAGGCCUGGAAUUAAUGCCCGCAGUACCUCAAUAAAUACGUUAAAACUUAUUUUAAGCUAAACAAGAUGUUAAAUUAUAUACUAUUAGUUCUUUACGUGGGCGUUGUGCUUAGUGAUGUGGAGAAACGACCAAAUUUUGUUGUUAUUCUCACCGACGACCAAGAUGUCGUUUUGGGUGGUAUGACCCCAAUGAAGAAUGUGCACCAGUUUAUUGCGAAAGAAGGAGUAACUUUUACAAAUUCUUACGUAACGUCUCCCAUAUGCUGCCCGAGCCGUGCCAGUCUCCUCACCGGUCUCUACAUCCAUAACCACCACACCCAUAACAACAGCCUCCACGGCAACUGCUACGGACAGGAGUGGAGGGAGAACGAGCAUAGAGUGUUCGCUAAUGCUCUCCAGGACUCGGGGUAUAAUACUUUCUAUGCGGGCAAAUAUAUGAAUCAGUACGGCGUGAAAGAGGCCGGCGGUCCAGAGGUGGUGCCUCGUGGAUGGAGCGAAUGGCACGGUCUGGUCGGCAACUCAGUGUACUACAACUAUACCAUGUCCAACAACGGUGUGCCGACGCAUUCCACUGACUUGUACCUUACUGACGUUAUCCGUGACCUCAGCAUCAGCUACAUAGAGAACCAGACAGAGUCGCGUCCCUUCCUAAUGGUACUGGCACCGCCCGCGCCGCAUCAGCCGUUCACUCCCGCUCGGCGACAUGAAGGCGCCUAUAGCAACGUCACCGCCGUCAGGCAUCCCAACUUCAACGUCGCUGUUCAUGACAAGCACUGGCUCCUCCGAAUGCCUCCAUCGCCGCUCCCAGAAUCCAUGAUGCCGGAACUAGACCGAGUUUACCGUUCCCGCUGGGAGGCGCUGCUGGCAGUCGACGAGAUGGUUGCUGACGUCAUCGGGGCUCUGGAGGUCAACGCCCUAUUGGACAACACCUACGUCAUAUACACGUCUGACAACGGGUACCAUAUCGGUCAAUUCUCCCAAGUAUACGACAAACGGCAGCCUUACGAAGCGGACAUAAAGGUGCCACUCGUCAUCCGAGGUCCUGGCCUGAAGAAGAACGCCCAAAACCCUCAGCCAGUCUUAAACAUUGACAUAGCACCGACCAUACUACAUCUAGCCGGUGUAAAGGCACCCGAAAUGGACGGCAGACCAGUGAAAAUGGAAAAGGAAGAAGUGGAUGAACGGUAUAUGCUGGUGGAAUAUUAUGGGGAAGGCAGAGAUGGUUCUGUCGACCCGAAUUGCCCGUGGAAGUAUGACAGCGAUAACCUGGCGCAAUGUUAUCCAGAAUACGAUUGCAAGUGUCAAGACGCGAAGAACAACACGUUCGCGUGUCUCCGACACAUUGCCAAGCGACUCAACAUGAAGUACUGCAUAUUUGCUGACAGUGAGCUAACAACGCCUACAAAGAAGGUACGUCGUAAGGUUGGAAGAAACCGUAUAAAAAAGAAACGAAGAUACAGGUUGAAGAAACAGCGGUCAUUCAAAAAUAGCCAUUGGAAAUUCGCUGAGCUAUACGACCUAGCAGCCGAUCCUUACGAGCUGGAGAACUCCGUAGACGACGAGUUUCAGGCCAUUAUAGUGUGGUACAACAACUACUUAAGCCAAAUGUUGAAGUGUAAAGGGGCUAAGAACUGCGACGAUCCCUUGGGAGAGUCCGUUCAAUAGUUAGGGCACAACUACACUAGUAGACUAUGCGGGAACGAAGCGCGAGCCUGCACACCGAAGUAUGGGCGACCCACGGCGAAUCUAACCGAAGUGCGUGUUUACACUAUAAGUAUCGAUCAAUUUCCGCAUAGUGUACUUGCGUCUUAUGUGAUGCUACUGACUCAAUUAUGUAAUGAAUCAAUGUUUGAGUGUAAGAUCGAUAUUUAUCUCAAUUAGGUACUUAAAAGUUUCGGCCUAAUUUUUCUGAUGAGAGCCUCACUCUAGUAUGAAUCGAAAUUAGAAUUAUGUAACUUCCCAUAUUAAAAAACAACGCACAAAACUUGAUUCAAUCUCAGUCAAUCAAUCAAGUCUCAAUUUAUGUUGAAGUUCAAUCUCAUUUUGAGCUGCGUUCUUUAAUACGCUCCUUCAGGCUUUAGAUUCAAGCCUCAAGUACUUAAGUCCUAAUUGUAAAGUUCACGUUCUCAUAAAUACGAGUCUUUCAAUGCUUUAAUGAGAUGAAUGAAAAAUAUUUUCUUUAUUGUAGCUAACGGGUAAACAUUAUUUAGACACUAUUCUUCCACUAGCACUAUGUUUUAGGGUAUUGGCACCAAAGCGUGAUCUUAGGUUUACGAAAUAUUUAAAAUUGUGUGUUGUGCUACUUGCUUUAGCUUCGUUACUGUAAUCCAUAGUGUGUAAAGAGAACUGUAGCGGAAAAUAAUAUUUUUAUAGGUAUUUUCAUAAGAACUUAUUCCAUUAAAAUGUUCG